CAGCAGAGUCUGCAGCAGCAGCAGCCGGCGAGGAGGGAGCAGCAGCAGCGGCGGCGGCGGCGGCGGCGGCGGCGGAGGCGCCCGGUCCCGGCCGCGCGAAGGGGACAUGUGCAGGCUGGGCUAGGAGCCGCCGCCUCCCCCCCCGCCCAGCGAUGUAUUCAGCGCCCUCCGCCUGCACUUGCCUGUGUUUACACUUCCUGCUGCUGUGCUUCCAGGUACAGGUGCUGGCGGCUGAGGAGAACGUGGACUUCCGCAUCCACGUGGAGAACCAGACGCGGGCUCGGGACGAUGUGAGCCGCAAGCAGCUGCGGCUGUACCAGCUCUACAGCCGGACCAGCGGGAAGCACAUCCAGGUCCUGGGCCGCAGGAUCAGUGCCCGCGGCGAGGAUGGGGACAAGUAUGCCCAGCUCCUAGUGGAGACAGAUACCUUCGGUAGUCAAGUCCGGAUCAAGGGCAAGGAGACCGAGUUCUACCUGUGUAUGAACCGGAAAGGCAAGCUUGUGGGGAAGCCUGAUGGCACCAGCAAAGAGUGUGUGUUCAUUGAGAAGGUCCUGGAGAACAACUACACAGCCCUGAUGUCGGCCAAGUACUCUGGCUGGUACGUGGGCUUCACCAAGAAGGGGCGGCCGCGGAAGGGCCCCAAGACCCGCGAGAACCAGCAGGAUGUGCACUUCAUGAAACGCUACCCCAAGGGACAGGCCGAACUGCAGAAGCCCUUCAAGUACACCACGGUGACCAAGCGGUCCCGGCGGAUCCGCCCCACGCACCCCGGCUAGGCGGCCCCGCCGCGCCCCCCCAGGCCGCCCCAGCCCACACUCACACUCACGGAGAACUGCAAUCAGAGGAAUAUUUUUACAUGAAAAAUAAGGAAGAAUUUCUAUUUUUGUACAUUGUGUUUAAGAGAAGACAAAAACUGAACCAAAAUUCUUGGGGGAAGGGGAGCGAUAAGGAUUUUAUUGUUGACUUGAAACCCGCUGACAAAAGACUCACGCCAAGGGACUGUUGUCAAUGCACAGGUGCUUGUGUCUCUCUAGGAACAGACAACUCGAAACUCGUCCCCAGAGGAGGACUUGAAUGAGGAAAACGACACUCUGAGAAACCAAAGUCCUUUUUCCCAAAGGUUCUUAAAGCAAAAAAAAAAAAAAAAAAGACAGAAAAAAAAAAGCAAAAACACAAAAAAGAGAGAAAAACAAAGAGAAAGUAGUGUUCCCCCCACCCAGCCAACUCCCCCUCUUUCCCAGUCCCCUCUCCCUGCCCCAGAGUCCAACAAAAAUCGCUCUCUGGUUUGCAGUCAUUUAUUUAUUGUCCGCUGCAAGCUGCCCUGAGACACCGCGCAGGGAAGGCGUGCCCCUCAGAAUUCUCGGCGCCUCGACUUUCGACGACAGACGGCCUCGUCCAAUCACGGUGACCCUGCAUUACUCACAGUUCUGGAGGAUGCUGCUAUCGACCUUCCGUGACUCACGUGACCUAGUACACCAAUGAAUAAGGGAAUAUUUUAAAACCAGCUAUAUUAUAUAUAUUAUAUAUAUAUAAGCUAUUUAUUUCACCUCUCUGUAUAUUGCAGUUUCAUGAACCAAGUAUUACUGCCUCAACAAUUAAAAACAAUUGACAAAUUAUUUAAAAAAUCAA